AUGAGGCUAAUGUGGAAGUCCAUGGACAAGAUGAGGUGUUUCAGGAAGCGAUCCAUGUUCCCCUUCCUCGGCUUCCUCAUCACCUUUCUGCUCUUUUUCAACCUCUAUAUGGAUGAUGGAUACGUGCUGGAGGCAGAAAAAAGGCAGCUGGGAGAGACGCUGAUGCAUCCUGCAAGCUCUGAAAGAUACGUCCACACAUUCAGAGAUCUGUCGAAUUUCUCUGGGACUAUUAACGUGACGUAUCGCUACCUUGCGGGAAUUCCUUUGCCGCGCAAAAAGUAUCUCACCAUCGGCUUGUCAUCUGUCAAGAGGAAAAAGGGGAAUUAUCUUCUGGAGACGAUCAAAUCCAUCUUCGAUCAGUCCAGUUACGAGGAACUGAAAGAGAUUGUGGUUGUGGUCCACCUGGCGGACUUUGACCUGGUCUGGUGUGAGAACCUGGUGCAGGAGAUCACCAGGAAGUUUGCCCACCACAUCAUAGCCGGACGCCUCCUGGUGAUCCACACUCCAGAGGAGUACUAUCCAUCAUUGGACGGCUUGAAAAGGAACUACAACGACCCGGAGGACCGGGUCCGUUUCCGCUCCAAGCAGAACGUGGACUACGCUUUCCUCCUCAACUUCUGCACAAACCUCUCUCACUUCUACAUGAUGUUAGAGGACGACGUGCGCUGCUCCAGGAACUUCCUGACGGCGCUGAAGAAGGUGAUCACCUCCAGAGAAGGUUCCUACUGGGUGAUGCUGGAGUUCUCCAAGCUGGGCUACAUCGGGAAGCUGUACCACUCCAAAGACCUGCCGCGUCUGGCUCAUUUCCUCCUCAUGUUCUACCAGGAAAUGCCCUGCGACUGGCUCCUCAUCCACUUCAGGGGCCUGCUGGCCCAGAAGGACGUGAUCCGCUUCAAGCCCUCGCUGUUCCAGCACAUGGGCUACUACUCCUCUUACAAAGGAGCCGAGAACAAGCUGAAGGACGACGACUUCGAGGAAGACUCCAUAGACAUCCCUGACAACCCUCCUGCCAGCCUUUACACAAACAUCAACGUCUUUGAAAACUAUGACGCCACCAAGGCUUACAGUAGUAUCGUUGAUGAAUAUUUCUGGGGGAAGCCUCCGUGCACUGGAGAUUUCUUUGUCAUAAUCUUCAAUAAAUCAACUAAAAUCAGCAGAAUUAAAAUAGUGACGGGCACAGAGGACAGGCAAAAUGACGUUCUUCACCACGGAGCUCUGGAAGUAGGACAGAAGUCAGUGGAAACUAAACAGGGCAGGCAGUGCUCAUCCUACAUCACGUUAGGAGAGUUUAAAGGUGGAAGCAUUGAGGUUAACAAUGUGGACCACAAGAUCGGCUUUGACAUCGAGUGCGUACGAAUAGUCGUCACUGCCAGUCAGAAAGAGUGGCUCAUCAUAAGAACUAUCAGUUUAUGGACCGCACAACCUGUAAGUCAGUUUAAAAAGUAA